AUGCAGUUGAUCAAGAGCGUGGCUGUCAUCGGGGCUGGCCCGGCUGGCGCCAUUGCAGUGGAUGCGCUGAUGCAAGAAAAGGCAUUUGAGGUAAUUCGUGUUUUCGAACGCCAGGAAAAAGCAGGAGGCUGCUGGGUUUCGAGGGAUGAUGAUCCACCACGGAAGUUUGACUUGGACGCUCUAGCCGCGCGCACAGCGGAUGCACCUUUGGAGAUUCCGGAGCAGCUGCCCUGUAGGACACCAGUCGUGACUCAGGAUCGUUUCACAGAUUCUCCCGUUUACCCAGGCCUGGAAACCAAUGUGGGUGUAAGCGCGAUGUGCUAUUCUCAAGAGCCCAUACCUACGGUCCGUUCGAAAUGGUCUAUCGAACGUCAUGGAGAAGAUACUCCUUUCCGCCAUCAUUCGGUCAUCAGGCAAUACAUAGAGGAUCUCUUUACUCGAAAGGGGCACGACCGCAUCGUUGAGUACAACACCACUGUUGAAAGAGCCGUGAAGGAUUCCACCAGUCAAAAGUGGACCGUUACUCUCCGUCGCACGGAAAUUUACAACGGGAACCCAUCGGACUACUGGUGGACUGAGCUGUUCGAUGCCGUUGUCGUAGCCUCGGGUCACUAUGCUGUUCCUUACAUUCCUACAAUCCCUGGCUUGAAGGAGUUUGCCGCGCGAUAUCCCGGAAGCGUGGAGCAUACAAAGCAUUAUCGGGGUCCGGAAAAGUAUCAAGAUAAGAAAGUCCUAACAGUUGGGGCCUCGGUUUCGGCAGCAGAUACCGCGGUCAACCUUAUUGACAGUGCCCAAACCCCCAUUCACGCCGUCGUUCGUGGUCGGUAUAAUGUUUACUUUGGCGAUGAUGCGUUCAAGCACCCAAAGAUUUUGCGACGUGCGCCCAUCUCUCAUAUUACGAGUGAUGACCGAACUGUUCAUUUUGAAGACGGCACUUCGGAGACCGGGGUGGAUAACAUUAUUUUUGGAACCGGUUUCACUUGGACGUUACCAUUCUUGCCUCAAGUUCAGACUCGAAAUAAUCGUGUUCCUGAUUUGUAUCAACAUGUGUUCUAUCGAUAUGACCCAACACUGACUUUUGUCGGAGCUGUUGGUGCUGGUCUCACCUUCAAGGUCUUCGAGUGGCAAGCUGUUGCCGCUGCACGCGUGCUCGCAGGUCGGACAACUCUUCCUUCCAUCCAAGAGCAGGAGGCGUGGGAGACCGAUCGGAUUGCAUUGAGAGGCGACGGUCCUGCAUUCACUGUCAUCAACCCCGAAUUCAAGGCUUACUUUGAAGAGCUUCGGCAACUUGCAGGAAAACCUGAACAUGGCACACCGGGACGGCCACUACCGCCAUUUGACCAGAAGUGGGUGGAUGACUUUAAUGCCGGACACGAACGACGUAAACGGAUGUGGAGACGGGCGAACAGCGCCGCUGCCGCUAAAUUAUAG